GCGGACGCAGCCGAGGCUCCUGAAACCGGGCCUGGCGACCGGAGGCUGCGGAGCCUGGAGGAGCUUUCAGGACCAGGGCAGCUGCGCUUCUUAUUCCAGCUGUUGGUGCAAGGCUACGUUCUGCACUUGCACCAGCUCCAGGUGCUGAGCAAGGCCAAGUAUGGUCCAAUGUGGGUAACCCGUGUAGGACCUCAGACCCAUGUGAACCUGGCCAGUGCCCCACUCCUGGAGCAAGUCAUGCGGCAAGAGGGCAAGUACCCAGUACGGAAUGACAUGGAUCUAUGGAAGGAGCACCGGGACCUGCAGGGCCUGGCAUAUGGGCCCUUUACCACGCAAGGACAUCACUGGUACCAGCUGCGCCAGGUUCUGAACCAGCGGAUGCUGAAGCCAGCUGAGGCUGCACUCUACACAGAUGCUCUGAAUGAAGUGAUUGACAGUUUCAUGGUUCGACUGAAUGAGAUUCGGGCAGAGAGUGCCUCUGGGGAUCAGGUGCCUGACAUGGCUCACCUUUUCUACUACUUUGCCUUGGAAGCUAUUUGCUACAUCCUGUUUGAGAAACGUAUUGGCUGCCUGGAGCGCUCCAUCCCCCAGGACACUGCGGCCUUCGUCAGAUCUGUCGGGCUCAUGUUCCAGAACUCGCUCUACGCCACCUUCCUCCCCAAGUGGACCCGUCCCCUGCUGCCCUUCUGGAAGCGAUACCUGGAUGGCUGGAACACCAUCUUCUCUUUUGGGAAGAAAUUGAUUGAUCAGAAACUCAAAGAGAUAGAGGCCCAACUGCAGGCAGAAGGGCCAGAAGGGGUCCAGAUAUCUGGCUACCUGCACUUCCUGUUGACCAGUGGACAGCUCAGUCCUCAGGAGGCCAUGGGCAGCCUCCCUGAGCUGCUCAUGGCUGGAGUAGACACGACGUCCAACACGCUGACAUGGGCCUUGUACCAUCUUUCAAAGAGCCCAGAGAUCCAGAAGGCCUUGCAUGAAGAAGUGGUAGGUGUGGUGCCAGCUGGGCAGGCGCCCCGGCACAAGGACUUUGCUCACAUGCCCCUGCUCAAAGCUGUGCUGAAGGAGACCCUGCGUCUCUACCCUGUGGUUCCCAUAAAUUCCCGGGUAAUCGUGGAAAAAGAAAUUGAAGUUGGUGGUUUCCUCUUCCCCAAGAAUACCCAGUUUGUGCUAUGCCACUAUGUGGUGUCCCGGGACCCUAGCAUCUUCCCUGAGCCAGAAAGUUUCAAGCCCCAUCGCUGGCUGAAGAAGAGUCAGCCUGAUACCCUCGGGGUCCAACACCCAUUUGGCUCUGUGCCCUUCGGCUAUGGGGUCCGGGCUUGCCUGGGCCGCAGGAUUGCAGAGCUGGAGAUGCAGCUGCUGCUGGCAAGGCUGAUGCAGCAGUACCAGGUGGUCCUGGCCCCUGAGACAGGGGAGGUGAAGAGUGUGGCCCGCAUUGUCCUGGUUCCUAAUAAGAACGUGGGCCUGCGUUUCCUGCAGAGACCUUGCUGAGCUGGGCCUCUGCCAUCCUGGGGCUUGCCCUAGAGACCCCGGCCCUGUCACAGUGAUUCCUGGCCAUUGCUGUGGCUCAGAUGAGGAGGAGCAAAGGGGGCUGCCAGAUACCAAAGGUUGGAGAAACUCAGUGCACUUCCUAUAGAACCCUGAGAUUUUGCUACUUUUAUCAUUGUGCUCAGUUCCCUCUUAGAUAAAAGGCCAUCCCCUUGUUAUAUUGCUUUCUUUGGGGAAAUAUAGAAUAAAGGGACUUUUAUUGAUAAUUGGA